GGAUUGCCAGGGAUCGAAUGCACAAAAGGGCUAAGACGGGGGCACGUCGUGAUCGCAACCGUAAGAAGAGGAAGUUUGAACUUGGUCGCCCUGCAGCAAUGACCAAAAUCGGUCCUAAGCGUAUCCGCAAACUCAGAGUCCGUGGUGGCAAUUUAAAGUUCCGUGCAAUGAGGCUUGAUCAAGGGAAUUUCAGCUGGCCUUCGCAGGCCAUUUCUCGGAAAACUCGGAUUAUUGACGUCGUUUACAAUGCAUCUAAUAAUGAGCUUGUGCGAACCAAAACGCUGGUGAAAAAUGCCAUUGUUCUUAUUGAUGGUGCUCCAUUUAGACAAUGGUACGAGGCUCAUUAUCUUAAAGAACUUGGCCGCAAAAAGGCUGCAAUGGCGAGGGUAGCCAAGGCUGCCCAAGCGGCGGAUGAAGCUGAGGACUUACUUUCCAAAGAGCGCAGUGCUAAAGUUAUGAAAAAGUAUUUGGCUCGGCAAAAACUCCCCCAGGCAACUGUUGAGGACGCUCUUAGGGAGUCAUUUACCUCAGGACGUAUCAUAGCUUGCAUUUCAUCACGCCCUGGACAAGUAGGACGGGCUGAUGGCUACAUACUUGAAGGAAAAGAGCUAGAGUUUUAUUCAAAGAAACUCAAGGCAAAAAAAGCAAAAUAA